AUUUAAGUGAUUGUGCUAGUUUAGAAAGAAUUAGUUGCUCUGGUAAUCAACUCACCCAAAUUAAAUUGCCUCAGGGAGAAAAAUUAGAAAUAUUACAAUUGAACAAUGCCAACCUUAACCAAGACUUAUCUUUUUUAAAGGAUUUUGUUAAUUUGAAAGAAUUGUAUUUAUAUAAUAAUCCCUUAUAUGGUAGUUUAGAGCCUUUAAAGGGAAUGAGUGAAUUGGAAGAACUUUAUAUUUAUGAUACUAAUCUAGAUAGUGGUUUAGAAUAUUUACCAGAGAAAUUAACGAUAAAAAGGCUUUUGGAAGUAGAAGAAGAUAUUAAUCUUUGUGAAACUUUUGGCAAUAGUAAAGAAAAAGAGGAAAUAAUAAAAGAACUAAAUAAAAAUGGUUUUAGAGGAGACAUCAAAGGACUUUGCCAACUUCAAGCUGAAAUCACUCAAAUAGAUAAACAAUUAGAUAAAAUCAGAGAACAGGCUAGAACCAUCAUUGAAGACCUAAUGGAACUUACCAAAGGGCAGUUUUUCUUAAAAGGCAGACAACAAAAUCUAAUCCUUUUUGGAGACAUUAAUGUUCAAGGAGGUCAUGCUUUUAUUGGCAAUCAGUUUGGAGAUAAUGCCAAUCUUUCUCAUAAUAACUAUACUACUGGUAUUGAAGAAAUAACUGAACAAUUCCAAGCCCAAAUCCUCCAACCAACUAACCCACCUCACAAAAAUUAA